AUGGGAAGCAGCGAAACAUGCGCGGAUUAACGGAUUUGUUACGAGUUUGGAAGCUGCCUUCAAACUGUUCACGUUUAUGUCUGAUUCUUUGACAGUUUAGGUAUACAUAGCUUUAACUUGAAGGAUGAGCCUGUCUUUAAGGACUGAGCUGGCAGUGGAUAAAACCAAGCGGAAGAAGAGGAGAGAGCUGACUGAGGAACAGAAGCAUGAAAUCAAAGAGGCUUUUGAGCUGUUUGACACCGACAAAGACAAAGAGAUAGACUACCACGAACUCAAGGUGGCAAUGAGAGCUCUGGGUUUUGAGGUGAAGAAAGUAGAUGUUCUGAAGAUACUAAAAGAUUACGACAGAGAGGGGAACGGCAAAAUAACAUUUGAGGACUUUAAUGAAGUUUUGACAGACCGUAUGCUGGAGCGGGACCCAAAUGAGGAGAUCCUGAAGGCCUUUAAGCUGUUUGAUGAUGACGACUCAGGGAGGAUCAGCCUGAGGAACCUGAGACGUGUGGCCAGAGAGCUAGGAGAGAACAUUACGGAUGAGGAACUACGCAGCAUGAUCGACGAGUUCGAUACAGACGGAGACGGAGAGAUCAACCAGGAGGAUUUUGUAUCCAUAAUGACUGGAGACUCCUGAUUGAAUGGCUGCUGUUCUGGGGGCUUGGCUAGUAGGCUGAGGCUGUAGAUUCACUGUGGGAUGGAUGGGUCACUGAGGAACUGCUAGAGAGGUUACCUUGUCUCCUUUCCUUCAUCUACACUGACCUAACAGAACUGACCAGGGGAAGGAGAGGAGAGGAGGUAAGGAAGCCACUGUAGAGUGCUGCGACUCAAAAUCUCUCCCAAAUGGUACUGCUGUCGGUCUUGUUCUUUUCUUUGUUGAAACAUCUUGUCUUUACAAUAUGUCUGGUGCAAAUACAACCUAAUAUUGUGUUUGUUCUUUUCUUUUAGUAGAGUUAUUUCAAAUGCAAAUGGUAUUCAACAUUUUUGAAUAUAUGCACUUGCUGUGCUGUGUAUCCAUACCGUACAGAAAACUGCACAGAUUACAUAACAGGUCAUCUCUCUGAAACAUUCCUUGUAAUCUUCAAUGUUUUCAAUAGUAUUUCUGGAUGGCGGGUCUACAGCAAAUACAAACUGGUUUCAACAAACCCACAUUUUGUAGUUUAAUAGAUCAUUUUUAUUUGAUUAUUACUUUGUUUUUUUGUGUUAUUUAUUUUACAUAAUAAACCAAAUUGGUUGA